AUGGACAAUAAAGAAACCCCAUAUGACCAAAUUUUAAUUUUUGACACUAGUAGCAUAAAUAACCUUACAGGGAAUGAAAUUUAUUUUUAUUCAAAUUAUGAUGCAUCAACAUACAAUGAGGGCAAUUUAUGUCAAUUACACGAAGAACAUAUAAACGAUAGUAGUAGCACAUCGCCCAUUUUAGACAUAAAGAACGAAAAUGAUAAAAAUAAAAAAAUUAUAUUAAACCAAAAUAGGGACGAAGGAGAGGUUAAAAGGAAUAAAUUAUGUAAAUUAAUGAGAAAAAGUCAGGGUCAUGUAAAUAAUUAUUUCAUUUCAGAAAACACAAAUAAACAAUAUACCUAUGAAGAAAGAGAAAAAUUCGUUUUUGAACAUGAAUUUGAAAAAGUUAAUAAUGUUUACAAUGUAGAAGAAAUUAUGAAAAUAAUAAAUAAUUUAAAUUCCAUAAGAAAAGAAAUAGAAACGGCAAUAUAUAAAAAAAUGGAAAAAAAAUAUAAAGAUUUUAUUUUCAAUACAAGUAAAAUUAAAGAUAUAGAAAAUUAUAUUAGUAAUAUUAAAGAUUUAUUAGUAGAAAAUAUAAACGAAUUAAAAAUGCUACAAGACAAGAAAUACAAAGAAAGUUUAAACAUUAUAGAUCUUGUUACAAAAAAAAAAAAGUCUCAAAAAAUUAAUUUAAUAAUUUUAAUUAUAUAUAUCAUAUCUAUAUAUGAUAAAUUAAUUUUUAAAAAUAUUUUAAAAAGAGAUUAUGAAUAUGCAACUGUAAUAUAUUAUGAGUUGUUCAGUUUUAUAAAUAAUAAUGUCACAUUGUUACACAACAUUAAAUGCAUAUGUAAUUUAAAGGAAAAAAUGUUUUCGGAAUAUUUUAAUAGAUUAAAACAAAAAAAUCAAGCAAACUUUGUUGAAUUUUUAUUUGCAGACAAUUCAAAAAAAAACUUGGAAACUCAACUGGAAAAAUCGUUCAAAAUUUAUUACCUACUUUUUAAAUCAAAACCUUUUAAUUUUAUUGAGAAUUUGUUGGCCUAUGUCUAUCAGUGUUUUCAAAAAAUUUCAAAGCAGGUCAUUUUUUCAUUUGUAAUAGUGAGUGAAAGGAGGGACAGAGAACAAGAGAUGGAAACAAAAAAGAAACGAGAAAAGUCAGAACAGAGGGAAGAAAAAAGGGAACCCCUGAAAGAGGAACAUAUCGAAGAAGUGAAAUAUUCCCAAAAAGGGGAGAAACAAACAGAAGAAAGUUUAUUUCUUCCUAACGAUAAUCGAAUAAUAAUUGAAAAUAAUGAAUACAUACAAACCUUGCUUCCUCAUAAAAAUGCAGACUUAAAUAAACACGUAGUAGAUUACACAGGUAAUAUGAAAAUUACAGACACAGAACAACAUCAUAUGGAAAAUUUGGAAAGCCCUCUUUUUUCAACAAAAGUUAGUAUAAAUGAUAUGCUCAUAAAUACCUAUGAAAAUUCAUAUGAUUUAAAUAAAGAGAAAAAAAAGGAUAAAACUUCUUUAUCAGAUACGAAUAAAACAACUGGCACGUAUGAAAACAGAGAAAACCAACUUCAAGAAGACAAUUUUUUAUUUAUUCCACUAAAUGAGUUAGUACAAAAAUUAAAAGAAAAAGAUAGUUUAAUUUCUCUUCUUAAAAUUUAUGAAAUUGUAAUUGAUAUUUUGAAUAAGUAUAAUUUCAUCAUCAUUUAUUUAUUAAAUUGUCAUAAAAACUAUGUGUUGAAGUUUCUUUCAAAGGAAGAUGCAAAAGAAUCAAGACAACAUAAGCAAAAAAAAAAAAAAGAUUUCUUGAUUGAUCAUGUUAACGAAUUAUGUGUAGAUCGUAAUAAUAAAAAAAAAUUCCAACAAAAAAGUAUGCACAUUGAUAAAAAUAAAUGUAAGGGUACUGGUAAAAUGGAGGGUAAUAACCCGGAAGGUAAGAAGGCAGAGGAGGUCCACUCCGAAGAUAAAAAGUCAGAAGGUGGAUUGUUGGAAGAUAAAACAAUAAAUGAUGACCAUGAUGACAACUUGAGCUUGCAGAAAUUAUUCGAUAUUUGUAAGAACAAAAAGGACCGCUCCAUUUUUUCUAAAUUUUACGAGAUAAAAGAGUGUUACGAUUUGCCCAUCAUAACAUAUUUCAUGAAAAAUCUGAAUGAGGAAAAUUUCACCUCAUCAGAAAAUUGUUUAAAUAUUAAAGAAAAGGUAGAAACUUACCUAAGAGAUAAAAGUUCGAAAUAUGAACAAUGUGAGGAAUAUAUAAAAUUUGCCAGGGGAAAUGCGAAGAAACUGAUAAACGCCAAAAGUAAGUUUAUAAAAAAUAUAGAAAAAGUAAUUAAAACAAUUAUUGAGCAUAUUCGAUUUGAAAAUUUUAGUUUUAAUGACUUAUUUACAUAUAUAGUUAUUACUAUUAUGUUCUGUGUGAAUUCUUUUCUCUUUGAGAAUAAUUGCUCGAACAACCUCAUAUACAAUUUGACCAAGGAUGAAUUAAGAAGAGAAGAGCCAAAAGGAAAAGACGAUAAUGAAAGAUGUGAACAAUUUGAGGAAGAAAAAAUUGCAAAUAUGGAGGACAAGAAAUAUGUAAAUGAUAAAGAAAAUAAAAAUUUGAAUGACAAGUUGGACAUCCGUCAUGGUCUGCAUGUAAAUCAAGAGGAGGAAAAACUUUUGGAAGUAGAGGCAGAAUAUCCUAUGAUGGUUCAAAGGAGAAAAAAAGGGAAAGCUCAUCCAAGGGUAAAUUUAAAUUUUAACGAAAAAGUAAAAAAAGAAAGUGCAACCAAAUUGAUCGUACAUAACGGUGUUAAUCCUGGGGGUGUAAUAAAUAACAAUGUAAUAAAUGGCGGAAAAAGCGAAGAAAGAUUGCACAUAAAUUCAUAUGUUACCAAUAAAGAACGAGACGAUAAAUGUCAACAGCAGAAUGAUAAACACAAAUUGAACGUAGAAGACAUAUGCAAAGAAUAUUUUCUCAAAAAAUAUAAAGAAGUUAAAACAUUUGGAAAGGAGGAAAAGAUUCAUUAUUUUCAAAAUUUGCUAAAAAAUAACAUAAUUUAUGAAGAAAUAGAAAGAAAAGUUAAAAAUAAUUUUUCAAAUUUUUUUUACCAAAAUAGUAAAAAAUUAAAUGAUAUUAUCAACAAGGACAGUUGGUCACGUGUACCUGUAAAGAUAAAUCAUUGCCUUUUUAAAAAAAGGCUUCAUUUUUUCAAUAUUAUAUCCUUCUAUAAGAAAGAGUUUAAUGCUUAUUUAAAUAUACCUUUCUCACAAAACCCGUUAAUCAAUUUUAAUUUUAAAAAGUUAGAGGAAGAAUUAUAUUCAGAUAAGGACUUAAGUGAACCUGAAGAUUUACACAUGAGCUCAUAUUUAGGUAAGAAAAAAAAAAUAAAGAAAAGUAACUUCACCCCUAUUACUCUUAUUGCUAGUUGUGACAUGAAAGAGAUGGAAAAAAACACGUACAACCAUUGUGACAGUGAAAUAUGUAAAAAGUCCAAUGUGAAUAAAACAAAAAAUAAGGUAUACAGAUUCGAAAAUUUUGAAAUUGUUAACUUUGACCUUGUUGUAUCAAAUUCUAGCAUUAUGUUAACGUCAAUACUACACAACUAUUUCACUAUUAAAGAAUUAUUACCCAACAUAAAAGAAGAAAUAAACGAUUAUAUUUUCAAAAUAAUUGAUAUUUACAUAUAUAUAUUAUGUUUCUACUUCUUGAAGAGAGAAACUAUUGAAGAGCUUGUAAUUGACCUUCGUAGAUGCAGUAGUAGACUUGGAAUAAAUAAAACUUUUUUUAUCAUAAAAAAGCGAGAAAAAUAUAUGCAAUUAUAUAAUUUUUUAAUUUUCUAUAAUAAGGAAAUUAUAAAAUAUUCUGAUAAGUACCAUUUUUUAUAUGUAGAUAAAAGCCUACCUAAUUCUUCCCAAACUAAAUAUAAUGUAGGAAAUUUUAAUAACAAUCUUAAAGAUAAAAACAACCCGCAUUUUCUUUUGAGAAAUUUUCAUAAAAUAUAUAGUUCCGUUUCACUCAAUGGUCUAUCAGAAAAAAUUAUAUCAGUCGAAUCGUUGUAUUCCUUAAUAUGGAAAUUAAAAGAGAAUGUAAUAAACACAGGGGAUGUUUCAAAAAUGGAAGAAGAAAAUGAGAAAAAUGAUACCAUUAAGCACAGACAAAUAAAAAAUACAGUUAACAGUAAAGCAUAUAUAAAACAGCAAAGUGGCAUUAGUACUAAAACAUGUAGUGGAAAACAAGGAAACGAAGAGGACAUCUUUCUCAUGUUCUUAGAUCAAAAAUUACGUAUCGUUGAUGAACUUCGUAUUUUGACCUACUGUGAUUCGUUAUAUGAAAUUAUAGAUAGUAAUAAUUAUAUCAACGAAAUAUCAAAUCUGAUUAAUGUUGCUUAUGGUAAUAAAAAAGACAAAACGGAAUUAAUACUCGACGACGAUUCAAACAUAAAAAAGAAUGACCUCAGAAAAAAUCUUAAUCAGUACAUAGAUUUAUAUAUAAAUAUAUUGAACGAUGCCAAAAGGAAAUUACUCUUUUGUUGUGAAAGUGUUGCAUCAAUUGUCAUUCAUUAUUUGUUAUGGAAUUUAAUAAACUACAUUUUUAACUUAAAUAAUAUUGAAAUUAUACAUAAAAUAGAAAGUGCAAUUAUGCCUAUAAUUACUUGUAAAAAUAAGAAGCAAAAAAAUUAUGCUACUUAUAUAUCAGAAAAAGUACAUAAAAAUCUUGUUACAAAUAGCUGUCAUGUGGGUACAAUGGGGAAAGAAAUUAAGGAGAUAUCCCAAAAAAAAGCCAAUAACAAUUUAGUACAGCCUAAUAGCAUUUCAAAAGGUUUAAGAACUAACCUUGUAAGUAAUGACAAAGUAAUUUCAAACGAAAUGAAUUCAUAUGACGGAGAAAAUGAUGAUGAUGAUACAAGUUCCUAUUUGAUAAAUACAUUGAAAUUUUAUUUUUCAAAAAUUUCCAACUUAAUAAUUCAAAAUAUAAUAAAUUUGGAAAACGAAAUAGAACAAUAUGAGAAGAAUAACAACAACAUACAAAAUACAAUUUAUAUGAGCUUUUAUAAAGAUUUAAAAAAUUGUAAUAGCAAAAGGUACGAAUUUUACUAUAUAUUUUUAUCAAAAGGAACUACGUAUUAUGAUCAAUAUUUAGAUUUACAUUUUUGUAACGUAGAAGAACUUGAUCGUUUAAUAAAAAGCUCUAACUACGAUUUUUUCCAAUUUAAACAUAUACAUUCUAUUAUUUUAAAAUAUGAACAUUUUAAAAUGGUCCCUAAUAGAUACGCUGACCGUUAUGAAAUAGACAUCUGUAGAAGCAUGGAUGGAAAAAUAAAAUCGCGCCUCGUGUCUGGGGAGUGA